AUGUCGACAUUAUCUCCUUCGGGCCACGGGAAUCCAGCAACUAAGUAUUCAUCCAUUCAAGCCUACGAAGAUGGGUCAAAAGCAGCAUCAAAUAGUGCGAAAUUGCGUGGUAGGGCAGGGAACACACCAGGCAUGUUGUCGCACUUGCUGUCGAAGUCAAUGCUGUUUGAGUCUAGUAUAGAAGACCUAUACCACGAGCACGAAGCAAAGGUCGUUGCGCCAGCAGAUGAUCAUGAUUCACUUUCGUAUGAGCUGUUAGAUGUUGCUUCGCCCAACACUAAUGGACCCCGUCGCUAUGCUUUGUAUGACGUACGUAUUAUGGAUCCCGUGUGUCAUCAACUGCGCUUACAGCUUGCCGAGGUAGGGUGUCCAGUUGUCGGAGAUCGGUACUACAACCCAGAUGCGAAUCUGGCGCUACGACGCAACAUCUUCGACCCAGAGCUUGAACGCGGAAUGCUGCAACAUUUGCUACCUGAACGCGAUCGCGAAAUCUUCGCUGCUUCAGCAUCGCUGCAAAUAAAGGAUGCAGAAGCAGGACAGAGAACAAGUGUGGAGAGUGAAGGCUUCCUGAAGAAUACUGUAGAACCAGAAUCCACUUUAGCAUACCGUGGGGGGACGGACGAUCAUGAAAAUGAAGAUCAUGGCGAUUUCACGUUGUAUGGCAGGAACUGCAGGGCAAACAAUCAAGCUGCCCAUGCGGUUGAGGAGGAGGCAGAUGGCCUGCUUUUAGCUUGUGAUGAUGAGGCAUGGGAUUCUGGGAUGACCAGCUUAGCUUUGCGACACUACUGCGUGCGUCUCAAGGACCCAUUUAGAAACGCGAUGAUAGAAGCCUCUCUCCGUGAGGAUCAAUGGAAUCCUGUUUUGACUGCAUAAACCUUCGCCUGGAUCGAUGUCAACACAUCUCCACGAUCGGCGGGGAAAGCGGGGUAGCAAUUCGGUGCGCCUGGAAACGUCACUCGCACAAUUGAGG